AUUUCAACAUUUGAUUGUGGAGCUAGAUGCCACUAGCUGUGGUGACAAAUGGUCUCUGACUGACAGCUGUAGGCACGCGAUGGACAAACAACACCACCUGUUUCAAUAAUACCAUAAAGCUAUAAAGUCAGACCAUGUAUCGCACAAAGUCACAGGUCAUCUAACAGCCUUUCGUUCACGACGCGUUUUGCCUUAGCCUCUUAUCACUUAAGCCUUCACGACUACCACCAUGAUGAAACCUGUCUGUCUUGUCCUUCUUCUCACGGCAACCUUUGCCUACUCCGGUGUAGAAGGUGAAAAUGCGUGUACAACGGCCAUCAAAAACAACUUGAACUACACUGCCCUGAAUUCUGCCUUCCAUUUCUGCGCGUCGGAUCCAGCGGGACGUGCCGCCUUGAUUAAAAACUCAGGUAAACUAUGCGCGCACUACGAUUACUUUACCGGCGAUAUCACUUGCGAAAUUCGGGCAGCUCCCUUCAUGAAAUGUGCAGCGAAAGAACUUGGUUACUUGAACGCUAAUGAUGGCUCAAUCAAAAACACAAAGAUCUUAGCGGAGUACAAGACUUACGCCACCAGCGACCCUAAGUGCAAGGUUGAUAUAUACAACUUCGCUGUGUAUAAAUGUGGCACUACCAUCGCAAACUACGCGUUCCUGGCGAAGGCCGCAUGCCUCUUCAGGAAGAUGGACCAGUACACUAGGUGAUCUUCGCAAUCUGGUCCUCAAACCUUCAUCUGAUUGGCGGCUUUGAAGUGUUCACAACAGGUGCACAAUAAUAAUAUAGGGGACCUCUUUCUCCAGUCAAGUCAUCCACGUGCAGUAAAAAUGGUCUAAUCGGAAGUUCGUUGUAAUUUGUGCAACAAUAAAUUCAAUAAAAUCCUACUAAAAAUCAUGUUAACAAGUACUAUUAUAUUCAAGAAUGAAAUUGAAACGCUUUUGAAAAAGUGAAACAUUUCACUAUGUACUAAUAUCUUUUCCGUCAAGAAAUUUCUAUUUGUUGCACUUGAAAUUAUUAGAAUUCGAGAGGUUCAAUGUGAUUUGGCUUGAAUAUAAGUUUUAAAAAAUAAAUAAGCGUGUAACCAAUCAUCGUAUACUUUGAUAUAGUCAGAAAUCAUAAAUAUUUUUAGCGUUCCAUGCACUUUAAAAUUAGUGAUUUGUUGUUGUCCUGCGAACCUCUGCACUUGCUUUUUCUUCUCCUGACAGGUUGGAAAAGUUUCU